AUGGGUGGCGGUCCGGAACUCCCGCCCGUCGCGGGCCUGUCUGGAGCAGCAGCCGAUUCGCAAGACAAGGGUGGUGACAAGAAUCUCCGAGGCAUCGUGGAUAUGGGCAGCAAUGGCAUCAGAUUCUCGGUAUCGAGUCUCGCACCGCCAACGUCCCGGAUACUGCCGACCCUGGUCUCGUACCGCUUGGACAUCAGCCUGUACUCGGCCCAGUACGACGACGAGACGGGCGAACGCGUCCCCAUCCCGGACGACAUUAUCGCGCAGAUAAUUGCCGCCUUGAUGCGUUUCAAGGUCAUCUGUAGAGAUCUCAAGGUUCCCGAGAACCGCAUCCGGAUCGUUGCCACGGAAGCAACACGGACGGCAGUCAAUGCCGUUGAGUACUGUAAAGCGAUCAAGAAGGCUACCGGCUUGAAAGUGGAGAUGUUGGGCAAGGAGGAGGAAGGUUACGUCGGUGCGUUGGGAGUUGCAAGCGGCUUUUCGACCGUGUCCGGUAUCGUGAUGGAUCUUGGCGGGGGCAGCACCCAGAUUACGUGGAUGCGGUCGAUUGAUGGGAAGGUAGAAGUCAGUCCGAGGGGCUCUGUCAGCUUCCCGUAUGGAGCUGCUGCCCUGACAAGACAGCUGGAAGCUCUCCGCAAAGGCAAAAGCAAAGAAGACGGUGACGCAGCCGUGGCGAGACUGCGCGAGGAAAUGGAGGCCAACUUCAGACAAGCCUACGAUGAUUUGAAGAUACCAGCAGACAUGGUGGAAAAAGCCCAGAGCGAAGGUGGAUUCCCGCUCUAUCUCUCUGGGGGAGGCUUCAGGGGCUGGGGCUACCUUCUGCUCUACAUGGGACAGAUUCAUGGCCGCCACUACCCAAUCUCGAUGAUCAACGGGUUCAGGGCAAGCAAGCAGAAAUUUCAAGACAUCGAGACGUUGAAGAAAGUUGCACGAGAGUCAAAAAAGAUCUUCCGGGUUUCCGACCGACGCAGAGCCCAAGUGCCCGCCGUUGCAUUCCUGGUGAAUGUGCUCACCAGAUCCCUACCCCACGGCAUCAAAGAGGCCCAUUUCUGCCAAGGUGGCGUUCGAGAAGGUCUGUUGUUCAGAGAGCUGCCGCAGGACAUCAGAGACGACGAUCCCCUCGAGGUAGCGACAGAGAACUACGGUCGCAAAGCCGCCGAUACCUUGAGUAAUCUCUUGAUCAACUCGAUUCCGGACUCUUGCAAGAAAGGCGGCCGGUCCUUCCCCGAGUCUAUUAGCAAGCACGUGGUGCACUCGCUUGCCAACGUUCUCUACGUCCACGCGCCCAUGGCGAAGGAGAUUGCAUCCACAGCAGCUCUGUACUGCACCAGCUCAGGCUUCAUGGCCUCGACGCACGGAGUAUCCCACUCGGACCGUGCGCUGCUGGGGCUGAUGCUGGAAGAGAGAUACGAGGGAGAGCUACCUCCUCGUGAAGCAGACUUCAAGCUCAGUCUCCAGUCGAUCCUCACGCCCGAGGAGGUCUGGUGGACGAGAUAUCUAGGUGCUGUGGGGCUCAUGAUCAGCAAAAUCUACCCCGGCGGUAACUUCGACGGAGACGCGCCUCGCCUCAAGAUCCGUUCGGAGUGGGCAAGUGGCUUCGGGAAGAACAAUGACAAGGAGGGCCUGAGACUGAUUCUCUCGAUCAAGAAGAUCAAGAAAGACCCGUUGAUGUUGAAAGAGGCUCUGUCUGACCAUGUUUCGUAUAUCCAGAAGGUUGGGAAGAGCAAGAAUUGGAUUGGAGGCAGAGAUGGAUGGGGCAUGUCGAUUGAUAUCAAGAUCAAGGAAGUGGAGAAAAUGGACUAG